CCCGCACGGACGCAGACCAGCUGGACGCACACUCGGGCGGGCGGGCGAGUGAACGGGGACCCCCGCGCGGCCACGUCGCCCGCCCCCCGCCCGAGGCCCACGGGAUCUGGACACCUGUGGCCGCUGGCGGAGUCCAGCCGGACCCAGACUGCCCUGAGCUGAGCCUCCUGAGCCGAGACAGGAGUCUCCUGGCCCCUGCCAAGCUCAACCUGGGUCAGGCCACCUGGUCCGCUCUGGAGCCCAUGGCGCGCACCAGGGUCGCCGCCCCCCAGCGCUGAGCCCAGCGCUGGAUGGGGCUCCCUCUCCACCCCAGGGAGCCGACACCAACUUCUGCUCUUGAACUCAGCUCUGUCCCUUCUUCUGGCCCAGGGCGACCUCAACAGCCCUGACAGCUGCCCCGCCCUCCGGAGUGCCCGGAAAGGUGCCCGGGGUGGGGUCCAGCGCCGCCCCAGCUCUUUCUGGAUGGAGGUGCCACAGGAAGGAGCUGGCUGAGGGCUCUGGCCUUCCCCUUCCAGCCCCUGCCGCUCACACCUGCCCUGGUGCAGGGGCUGCGGUGAGAAGCAGGAAAUGCUGUACCAGCGCAGCCGGCUCCCCGGGACCUUGGCUUGACCGCCGGCAUGGCGCUGGGGCCGGCGACUAAGACCUUUGUGCUGGAGCUGCGGUGUGUUGCGGAUGGGGGCCCAGGGCCCCCCACCCUCUCAGGUGGCAGUGGUGGGAGUGAGAGUCAGGAGGAAGACGAGGCUCGGGAGAGGAGAAGCAACCCCACACAGCCAGCAGUCUCUGCCCGGAAGGGGGCCAGUGAGGUCGCCGAGGAAGCCCAGCCAAGACGGCCACAAAGCUGGCCAUCAGGCCGUCGGCCAGAACCGCAGCAGCAACAAGACGGACAAGAACAGCUGCCGCAGCGACGGCGGAGACGACGGGAAAAACGCCGACCCCGGAGACGUCAGCAACUGCAGCCACAACUGCCGCGGAGGCAACGAGUGCGAGAGGAGCGAGUGCAAGAGCGACGGCUGUCGUGGCAACAGCAGGAGCAGCCACAGUGGCAGCAGCAGGAUGGGCAACAGCUGCUGCCUCAGCGACAGCAGGAACCACAGGAAGGACCCCGAUCUGUGCACCGUGAGCCACGGAAGCUGACGCAACAGCAGGGAGAGUUACAAGCACAGCAAGUGCACGAGCAACAGCAGGAACUGUUAGAACGGCAGGCACAGUUGCAGCAGCAGCAGCAGCAGGAGCAGGAGCAAGAACAGUUCCAGCAGCAGCAGCAGCUGUUGCAGCAGCAGCAGUUUCUACAGCAACACCAGUUCCAGCAGCAGCUGUUGCAGCAGCAGCAGCAGGAACAGUUCCAGCAGCAGUUUUUACAGCAACAACAGUUCCAGCAGCAGCUGUUGCAGCAGCAGCAGCUGCAGCCUCGUCCACUGGGGCCGGGGGAGGAGGAAGAGGUCGAGCUGGAGCUCAUGCCAGUGGACCUGGGGUCGGAGCAGGAACUGGAGCAGCAGCGGCAGGAGCUAGAGCGGCAGCAGGAGCUAGAGCGGCAGCAAGAACUAGAGCGGCAGCAAGAGCUGGAGCGACAACAGGAACAGCUGCAGCUGCAGAUCAAACUGCAGGAGCAGCUGCAGCAGCUGGAGAAGCAGCUGGAACAGCAGCAGCAGCAGCUGGAGCAUCUGGAGCAGCUGCAGCUGCUGCAACUGCAGCAGCAGCAGCAGCAGCAACAACAGCAACAACAGCAGCAACAGCAGCAGCAGCAGCAGCAGCAGGAGGUGCGGCUGGAGCUGACCCCAGUGGAGCUAGGGGCCCAGCAGCAGGAGGUGCAGCUGGAGCUGACACCCGUGCAACCAGAGCUGCAGCUGGAGCUCGUGCCUGCCGUGGGGGCGGGUGGGGCUUCAGGGCCGGGGGCUCCAGCCGCUGUCAUGGUGGCCCCCCCGGGCUACGUGGUGCUGCAGGAGCUCAUGGUGCUGCCGGCUGUACCCCCGCCGGCGGUGGUACCCAUCUCGGGCCCUGCGGGCAGUGCGGCUCUGGCGCCAGCCAGGCAGCGGCGACGGCGGCGCGCCCGGGACCGGCCGACCAUCUGCGGCGAGUGUGGCAAGGGCUUCAGCCGCAGCACCGACCUGAUACGGCACCAGUCCACACACACGGGCGAGCGGCCGCACCGCUGCAGCGAGUGUGGCAAGGGCUUCUCGCAGCACUCGAACCUGGUGACGCACCAGCGCAUCCACACCGGCGAGAAGCCCUACGCCUGCUCCUACUGCUCCAAGCGCUUCAGCGAGAGCUCCGCGCUCGUGCAGCACCAGCGCACGCACACGGGCGAGCGGCCCUACGCCUGCGGGGACUGCGGCAAGCGCUUCAGCGUCUCGUCCAACCUGCUGCGCCACAGGCGCACGCACUCGGGCGAGCGGCCCUACGUCUGCGAGGACUGCGGCGAGCGCUUCCGCCACAAGGUCCAGAUCCGCCGCCACGAGCGCCAGCUGCACGGAGCCGGCCGCUCCCGGGGCCUGGGUCUGCUCCGCAACACGCGCUCGGCCACCGGUGGGCCUCCGCGCACUGAGCAGGCCGCAGGGGACAAGGCUCCAUGACCAGGAGGGGGGGCCGGCUCCUCUGAUUUGGGAGGCACUUCACCUUGCCUGCGGGUACCAUCUUGACCCUGCUCUGACCUUUUCCGACAUCUCGCUGGAAAAAGGCUUCCGUCUGUCCUUCGGGAUCGCCCUCGGGAACACUCGCGAGAGGAAAGUGGGUGUGGCCGAGACCGCGCGGACGUCGCACAUUAGCACAAACAGCACCCGCUACACUUUGGAGAUCCGGCACCGAUUGGUGAGGAGACCGCCCCACAGCGCCUCCCCUGGGAGGCCUGGGCUUGCCAGAAAUGAGAGGCACCGGACAAAACUUCCAGGGACAGAUGGGACAGUUGGUGACAUUGGACCCGAUCGAACUCUAUCCAGGGGAUCAAAUACACCUGGUAAAACGCACACAAAAA